GGGAGGUGUUGGCCUUUCAACAGGUGUUUGAGGAUCGACUGUGCCACGCACUGCUGGACGGGAUUCAGCGGUGACAGGCCCUUUGGAGCCCUCCGGAAGCUCAUAGUUCAGUGGGAAGAUGACAGGCCGAGCCGGCAGUGGUAGAAUGACAGAGCCAGUGCCUGCUGGGAGCAAGGGCGUCCACAGUGCUGGGGGUCGGGCAGGAGGUGGUCGGGAGGUCUCACCCGGGCUAAAGCAGCUUUACUGGAAGAAGUGACAGCUCAGCUGAGCCCUGGAAGACGUUGGGUGAGCCAGGUGACAGGUAUUCUAGCGGGGAGCUGUGCAUGUCCAGCCCUGGAGUCCGGGAGACGGAAGCUCAGGGCCAGGGUGGACCACAGGGGUAGGGGAGCAGCGAGGAGUGAGGCGGGGACCGGGUGUCGGAUCGGGGGGUCUGCACUGGGGUCCGGGUUUUGAUUUAGCCAAAAGGUGAAGGGUGGGGGAAGGGGAAGCAGGGCCAACUGGGAUGUGGUGGCCUAGCUUAGGGCAGCAUGGGGGGUGAGGAAGAAACCCGGUGGGACAUCCUGGGUUGCCCUUGGCAACAGGGAGGAUGGGCCUGGAAUGUGGGGGCCGAUGAGAGCUGUGCUGUUAGCAGGACUGGUGGCCCAGGACCACCCCCUCACCCGCCAGCCUUGGUUAAGUCCCUGCGCCCACAUCACCCCACUCUGCUCAGCCCUGCGCUGCUGGGUUUAGCACUGGGGGCUGGUCUGGCUUCAACACUGGACUUCAACUUGGCCCUUGCCAGGAGCUGCAUGGGUGGUACCCGCCAGGAGAUUUCAGAGGCUCUCCUGGCCUCCCUGCUGAUGCUUUUUGGCUCAGGUUAAUCACCUGGGGGUCUGCAUUCCCGGGGCGCCUCGGCCAUCUAGGGUUUAGUCUCCGCCUCCCUGCACCCCUAGUGACUGAAGACACUGGGAGUUUCCCAGUCUUGGUCUCUGAGAGGCGGAGGGUGGAUCCUUGGCAAAGAGCUCGGGGCUCCACUGUGGAGACGUCGCAGGCAGGAUCCUCACCUCGGGACACCCACCACGGGCCAGAGGGCUGGGGAGCUGGUCCUGUGGGUCCCGGCAGCUCCACCCGAUUCUGAUUCACAGAGUGAGCUGCCGCCCACGUCUGUGGAGCACGUCUGUCCCAGGCAGCGCCUCCCUGGGGCCUGUGCCGUCCUCUCCCUCCUCUAAGGACCGUGACUCAGCACGAGGUGUCCACUGACUCCACAGGGGCUGAGGUCAGGCAGCAGGGAGAACUAACUUACAGCGUGUCUCCGGACCGGCUGUUCGCUGGAGUCACGUCUCUCCGGGUCGGCUGCCUGGAGUUGCCUGUGUACCUCCGCCUCUAGGGGCAUCCUGGUUGCGGGGGUGCGGGAGGCAUUGUCCUUUAGAAGAAGGCUCUCUCGCUCAAGUCUCAGGGAGAGCGUGCCUGUGGCUACUUGAGCUCCAAAGAGCCCUAUGAUCUCCUCCUUAUCGCCCCCUCCGCCCGCCGGACUUCAGAUCUGACCUCAGAUCCGCCUGCUGUCUCUGGAGGGGACCCCCUCCUCCCCUCCCCCGCCCCCCCGGCAAGAUGCCGAUCCUCAAGCAGCUGGUGUCCAGCUCCGUGCACUCCAAGCGCCGCUCCCGAGUGGACCUCACGGCCGAGAUGAUCAGCGCCCCGCUGGGCGACUUCCGCCACACCAUGCACGUGGGCCGGGCGGGGGACGCCUUUGGGGACACCUCCUUCCUCAACAGCAAGGCUGGGGAGCUGGACAGUGAGUCCGUGGACGAGCAGGCCGCCGCCUCCUCCAAGCGCGGCCUCCUGUCCCGGAAGUUCCGGGGCAGCAAGCGGUCGCAGUCAGUGAGCAGGGGCGACCGGGAUCACAGGGACGUGCUGGGCCCCCUGCGGGACUCGGCCCUCUUCGUCAAGAACGCCAUGUCCCUGCCUCAGCUGAACGAGAAGGAGGCCGCCGAGAAGGGCUCCAGCAAGCUGCCCAAGAGCCUGUCCUCCAGCCCCGUGAGGAAGGCCACGGGGGAGGGCGGCCCGGAGGAGGCGGGGCCUCGGCGGAAUGGGGCCUCCGCCCCCCACUCCCCAGACCCCCUCCUCGACGAGCAGGCCUUCGGGGACCUGGCGGAUCUGCCCGUGGUACCCAAGGCCAGCUUUGGGCUGAAGCACGCCGAGUCCAUCAUGUCCUUCCACAUCGACCUGGGGCCCUCCAUGCUGGGCGACGUCCUCAGCAUCAUGGACAAGGGGGAGUGGGAACCGGAGGAGGAGGGGGAGGCCGGUUGCCAUGGUGACGAGGACCCAGCAGGCGGCCCCACCCAGGCUCCCCCGCCGCAGGCGGCAGCCCCUCCCCCGGCGAGGCAGGAAGGAGCGGGGGGCCCAGACCUGCCCGCGCUGCCGUCGCGUGCGCUGCCGGAGGAGGGCUGGGCCGCGGGGGCCCCCAGCCCCGCCUCGGCCCGCAGCGGGGGCAGCAGCCACACCACGCGGGACAGCAGCUCCCUGUCCAGCUGCGCCUCGGGGGUCCUGGAGGAGCGCAGCCCCGCCUUCCGGGGGCCGGACCGGGCCCGGGCCGCUCUCCCGAGGCAGCCGGACCCCGAGUUCUCCUUCAUGGACGAGGAGGAGGAGGACGAGAUCCGAGUGUGAGGCCGGCUGGAGGUGGGGGGCUCUUGGCUUUGUCUCCUCCCUGUGCCCCCAGCCCUGCAAGGUCAGCCAGGAGCUCGGCUGCGGGCCCCAGACAGACCCUGGACCUCAUGGAUAAGGGGCGCUGGCCGAGCCUGGGGGCCCUCGGAGGACUUGGAGCUGGCUCGGGUGCCUGACUGCUUUGCACAACCUGCGCUGCCUGAGCUCGUAGGACGGGGCAGUGUUCUCGCAGCAGGACUCGGCUUUCCUCUCCCGGCCUGCAGUGGAUUUCCGCUGUCAACUUGAGUCUCUGCCACGUGCAGCGAUAACAGGGCAGCCAGGGGCGGCCCAGGGGCGCAAGGGCUAAGGACACUUGACCUGCCUCUUUACUCCUGGCGUUUCUGUUGUGACCGGCGGUGGCCGCCGGAAUAAACGCCCGUGACGGGUCACAAGUCCCGGCCCCUCCCUCCCUCCAUCCCCAGCUCCUGCACGGGGAGCCCCACGGAGGAAAGGCGGACCGAAUGUGUACACUCAACGCGACCCCUUCCUCGGGGUGAGAACAAGAUGCAGAACGGAAGGAAGGCCCCGGGGCAUCUUGAAUUUUCAAGAGGGGGCCCUUGCAGGAUGACACUAGGACAGGCUGCGGCCCUUGCUCAGUCCCUCUGGGUUUGUUUGUGCUUGUUGUGUUUAAAUCUUUUUAGAACGAUACCAGGAACGUGUUUGUAGGCCUGCCACCAGAAGGGAAACGAAUCCUUUUAGAAAACCUUUAUACUAAGUGCUUCCAAACUUUAUUUAGAACCGUAUGGGGUGGAGGUCUGUGCGUGUCUGUCCUCGGCCCCCUCCCGCAUAGCUAUUAACAACAACAGUGUAGAAAAUUUCUGGAAAAUGAUUAUUAAAAAAAAGGUCAUUCCUAUAGGGGGAUAAAACCUCUUUUGACUGGGUUGUUCAACCCCCGACUGACUACAUCCCUUUCCUUUCUCAGGCCUCUGCCAGCAGAGCCCCCUUCCCCACUUCUGAGUCAGUGGUCCUGAGGGUAUAGGGUUGCCAGAUUUAGCAACAAAACAAAACAAAAACCAGAAUGCCGAGUUAAAUUAGAGUUUCAGGCAUGCGAAGGAUGAUUUCUUAGUGUAAGUAUGCCCCAUGCCAUGUUUGUAAUACACUCAUGCUAAAACAUCAGUUGUUGUCUUUCUGAAAUUCAGAUUUCACUCUGCGCCCUUAGAACCCCACCCAAGGGGAUUGAGUGGAGGUUGGGUGCGAGCCCCCAGGAUUCAUGGAUGAUGAUUUUUUCUGUCCUGGCAGCAGGCUGACUCCACCUUCUCCUGUCGCCUUGCAGCCAGUGGAGGGAGGGGGACAGACAGAACCGCCACGGGGUCCAGCCAGGGCUGGCGGCGGGUGUAGCUGCCCUAGCCUCCUGAGUUUUGCCAGAUCUGGACUCAGACACCACCUUAGUUCUUGAAAUGGGUGCUCACUGGUUCCCAGCCGUGCAGCCCCUGCCAGCUGCUGCCCUUGAAACCCAUCUAGACAGCGGUCAGUUCCAGAUUCUAAACUGUAUAUUUUUUUUUCCCUGAAAAUGUUAAAACAGCAAGGAAACAUUAAAAUAAAAGGCCUUACAGCAUG